CACUUCAAGAGAACAUAUCCCUCACUUUUCUUAUUUCCUUAUAAAAAAAACAUAAACCCUCCCUCACUUCCACACUCAACUGUACAUACACAAUCUUCUCAUGGCCGGCGCCGUUGCCGGAGUAGAAAAUGAAGGAAUCAGGCGAAGAACAUGCUCAUGUUCAAAGAACGAUUUUCUCCCAGAAGAGUCAUUUCAAAGCUGGGGAAAUUACAUGAAAGCGCUUAGAGAAACUCCGAAACGGCUCAAGGAUCGCCUCUUGACUCGCUCUCUCGACUCGAUCGAGCUCCACGAAAUGAAAGCUCGGAGCGAGCACGAGAUGAAGAAGCACCUGACGUGGUGGGAUCUGAUGUGGUUCGGUAUAGGGAAUGUUAUCGGGUCCGGAAUAUUUGUUCUUACGGGACUGGAAGCUCGGGACCAUGCAGGACCUGCUAUUAUAUUGUCUUACGUUGUUUCUGGUGUUUCUGCUAUGCUUUCUGUCUUCUGUUACACUGAAUUUGCUGUUGAAAUUCCUGUUGCAGGUGGAUCAUUUGCUUACUUAAGAGUAGAGCUUGGCGAUUUCAUGGCCUUCAUUGCAGCCGGUAACAUCCUCCUCGAAUACGUAAUAGGCGGAGCUGCAGUAGCUCGAUCAUGGACAUCAUAUUUCGCAACUCUCUGCAACCACGAUCCCGAUGAUUUCCGCAUCAUCGCACACAGUCUCCCCGAUGACUAUAGCCAUCUAGACCCUAUCUCAGUCGGGGUUACUGCAAUCAUAUGUCUCCUUGCAGUUCUUAGCACGAAAGGCUCUUCGCGAUUCAAUUACAUUGCCUCCAUUCUUCACGUUAUCACCAUUCUCUUCAUCAUCAUCGCGGGCCUAACUCAAGCCAAUAUUAAAAAUUAUACCCCGUUUGCACCUUACGAGGCGCGUGGUAUUUUCGUGGCAUCGGCUGUUGUUUUCUUUGCGUAUGUUGGAUUUGAUGCGAUUUCUACAAUGGCGGAAGAAACUGUGAAUCCAGCUCGAGAUGUUCCGAUAGGACUUGUCGGUUCGAUGACGAUAGUUGCUUUCGUGUACUGUCUAUUAGCAGCGGUUUUGUGCCUUAUGGUUCCGACUAAUAAGAUCGAUGGCGAUGCUGCAUUUUCGGUUGCGUUUGAAUAUGUUGGAAUGAAUUGGGCUAAGUAUAUAGUCGCUUUUGGUGCGUUACAAGGUAUGACUACUGCAUUGCUAGUGGGAGCAGUAGGUCAGGCUCGGUAUCUAACCCACAUUGCUCGAACCCAUAUGAUGCCGCCGUGGCUAGCUCAUGUCGACGCAAGGACGGGAACUCCUGUUCAUGCCACAGUUGUUAUGAUUGUCGCUACCGCCAUUGUCGCAUUCUUCACGAAAAUGGACAUUCUCGCAAAUCUACUCUCAAUUUCCACUCUCUUCAUCUUCAUGCUCGUGGCCAUCGCGCUACUAGUUCGUCGAUACUACGUUUCUGGCGUAACCACGAAAGCCAAUCACGUAAAGCUCGUCGUUUGUCUCGCGCUAAUACUCGGUUCGUCCAUUGCUACGGCUGUUAACUGGGCGCUCGGAGGCGACGAGUGGACCGGGUAUGUGAUAACGGUGUUGAUAUGGCUAUUUGCUACUUCGGGACUUAAGUUUCUUGUUCCGCAAGCAAGAGACCCUAAACUAUGGGGUGUUCCGUUGGUGCCGUGGCUGCCUUCGGCUUCGAUUCUUAUAAAUAUUUUUCUGUUGGGAUCGAUAGACGGCGCGUCGUUUGGUAGAUUUGGAAUAUGGACUGGUGUGUUAUUGGUGUAUUACUUGCUGUUCGGGUUACAUGCUUCUUAUGACACGGCAAAGGAAUCUGCAGAGCCAAGAGAAGGGAAAUGGAAGAAAUUGGAAGAAGGGUUUGUUGUGUCUUCUCAGUCUACUUCUAUUGUUGAUCAAAAGGGUGAUACUAAUGAUUCUAUAAAUAAUACAAUUGGGUAAGGUAAAUUCAUGUUGUAAUGAGUUCUUGUGUAUAUGAUAUAGUACAAUGAAUUGAAAAAUAUAUUAAAGUUGUGUUAUUCAGAA